AUUGUACAUAUAUAGUUGCUCUAGACGACAGUUUAUAAUAGCUUGUUUCGCGAAAGCUUUAAAAAUUUGCAGAACCUUGUUUUAUUUCUGUUUAUUUUAUAAAAAAAUAUUUAUUUUUGGGUUUAAUGUUUUAGUUGUGAUAAAUUACUUUUCAUUACUCGUGAUUCUAGUGAAAUGAUUGAAUAUCAAAAUGCAGAAAAAAAUGCAGCAAAACGUACUUACGCAACGCACCAACAGGAGGAAGUAAAAACGUCACAUGAAUUGGCUCGUAAUGCUUAUGUCCAAAAAGCUUUUAUACAGAAUGAUCACGUAAAGAAAAAAAGUUGGCGUUCAACUAUCAAAAUACAUUUUGUGCACUAUUUAACGCUAGGCAUUAUUGGUACUUUAACGUGGGGCUUAUUAUGGUGUGCUUUUGGCAAUGGAUGGCGAUGGGAUGGACAGUGGUUUCGGCUAACUGCGGUCGCAUUAGUGGCUUGGGGCAGUGGUCUUCUUCUACAAGAGUUAACAACGUUGCCGCCACUUCUUGCUGCUCUGUUAACCGGUAUUUGUGCCCGACAAUUUGGUAUUCUUGAUAUGCGGUCAUAUCCUGAAAUCGAUUUAUUUUUAAGAAAAAUUUACCCCGUUAUCAUCCUUGGAAAAGGAUCAUUAGCGUGGGAUUUAAAUUACAUGAAGAAUAAUUGGAAGCAAGUAGCGGCACUGGGUUGCUUACCCUGGACCAUAGAGGUAGUCGCAACAGCGAUUUGCACUCACUACCUGCUGGGAUUUCCGUGGUUAUGGGGAUUUCUACUGGGCUCAAUCUACGCUUCAGUAUCAUGCGCCGUAGUAAUGCCGCAAGUGCAACAACACGGCACGAAGCCAGACAGAACGCAGAACUGGCCGCAACUAAUCUGCACGGCCGGCGGCACAGAUACUGCGCUCAGUGUCGGAGUUUAUGGUCUUAUUUUCAGCUUUAUGUUUUCCGACGCUAGUGAUCUUUAUCGAUAUUUAAAAGCAGGACUGACGUUAAUCGCGGGAGUAGGUCUAGGCGUCAUCUGGGGAAGCCUGGCGAAGCUCGUUCCAAACUCGUGCGACGGCUACGUUACUGAGUUACGAAUUUUGUUUGUACUCGUCGGCGGUCUCUUUGCCAACUUUUUCACGUCUGCAGUGGGAUGGAGCGGAACUGCCGGAGUUGCAGUAUUAGUCUGUAAUGCAACAGCAGCAAAACACUGGGCGCGAAAAGGAUGGAAAUUAAAUCAGAACCCUGCUUCGACUGCUUACCGUGUUUUAUGGUCUGCUUGUGAACCUGUACUAUUUGCAUACACUGGGACAUUCUUUGUGAUACAUAAUUCCAUGACAGAGACGAUGGUAACGGGAUUGGGAAUUUUAAUCAUUUGCUUGACAAUAAGACUUUUAACUGCCGCUCUAGUAUGUUGGAAUCUUUCGAUUAAAGAAAAACUUUUUAUAUGCUGUACAUGGAUACCUAAGUCUAUUGUAGAGGCAGUUUUAUGUCCUUUAGCGAUAGAUACAUUGCUUAUCAAUAAUUCCAAUACACAGUAUGAAAUGAAGUAUGCCAAUGAUCUAAUGAGGCUCAUUGUAGAAGCUAUACUCAUUACAACUCCGAUUGGUUUCCUGCUAACAUACCACCUCGGACCAUUUCUCUUAAAAUCUGAAGAAAGAGAAAACAAAGAUUUAGAAUCUCAAAAGCGACGGUCAAAAGAUGGUUCAAUUCAUGAAGAUGUGAGAAUAUAAGUAAACAGUAACAGUAACAGUACUUUCAUCAUAUUAACAUCUAGCUAAAUGACAGUUGUGCUUGUUUUACAAUAAUAACCAAAGAUUUUUAUAAUAAAAAAUUUAAAUGU